CUCCUUUCUUGGUCUCGUCGACGCAUCCACUCGUUUAUGCGCGCGAAGUCCAUUAUUAUCUCCCGCUCAAUCGCCUGCGCUCGGAAUCUGUGGAUAAGGUGUCCUCGAGGCUCUGAAUCGUUCGCUCGCGCAUGAGUGAACAUUGUUGAAUUCUCCUUCCGGCCCUUGCACUUACUUUCCUUUUGUAUCUCCGAUUCUCGACCCGGCUCUCAUCAUGCCUCCUCCACGCCGCACAAAGGUGCAGCGACCCUCGCCGCUGCAGCAAGUCCAUUCCACAAGAGACCUCGCGCAAGCCCCGCCCGGUUACGGACUGGUCCGCGAUCCAGCGUUUUGGAAAAGGUUCUCGACUGCUGUGCAUAUAUCAGAGAUAGAGACCGGCCUGAAGAGUGCUGCCAGUAGUGUUGAAAUGAAAUACGGAGAUGACUGGCUAGCCCAGCAGCACAAGGAGAAGCGGAGAUGCCGGAUUCUCUUCGCGGGCAUCGCACUCACUGUGAGCAUCCUCAUAGUGGCAAUUGUUUUGGUGUUGUAUUAUUUCUUGAAGGUCCGAAAAUGAGAGAUGAAUUGAGUAUCAUGAAGAAUGAGAAAUGCAAUAAAUGGCGUUUUGGGGAGGGCGAAGGCAAAUUUGGGAUCCCGCGAAGACA